AUGGUGGUGAGAUUGGGAAGCUUCGUUCAUGAAUUUGCCAUCAAGGACCUUGGCCAGCUCAACUACUUUUUGGGAGUUGAAGUGCAUAACACAGAUUUUGGGCUCGUCCUUUGUCAAUCCAAGUACGCCUGUGAGUUACUUACUAAAGCUCAAAUGGUUCGAUGCAAGCCAAUAUCCCCUCCCAUGGCAAUCAAUGUCCGACUAGAUAUUGCUUAUGCUGUUAAUUAUGUACGUGGCCCAAUUUAUGCAUUGUCCCACAUUGGGCACUAUCAAGCUGUUAAACGCAUCAUUCGUUAUGUGGGUGCGACCAUGCGCAUACUCCGCCACAGUUCUUUGGAUCUAUAUGCCUUUUCUGAUGCUGAUUGGGCAGGUUGUUUUAUUACACGAAGGUCCACAACUGGUUUUGUACGUUUUUAG